UUGCAAUAUGACAUAAUGUCCGCGGACGCGGUCCAAAUUCAUAUCCGAUCUUCUUCCCAAUGAGGCUUUCGGCACCAUGGAGCAUCUCUUUAAGGGAUUCCGAAUGAGACCCUGUUUAGUGUGCCGGGACCACCUUUUACCUACAAGCCAGCCGCGCUCUCUUCGAGUACUAUCUAUCGGACGAUAUGGCCCCUUCCUAACUACCCGGCGAACAGCCAGCCAUACACAUAUCAAACAUCAGGAGACGACAACGGGCUUAGAUGGCACAGAUCCUCCUCAGGCGCAUCCACUAUCGGGGUACUAUCAUGAUAUUCUCUCGUCCCGCUCUCCUUACCGACGUCAAGCGACGAGUUCCUCGUGCCCUGUUCCUGAACGCACCGACAAGCCGUCACCAUCUUCAACAAUCAAACCGCUGUCACCGCAGGACAAGAUGUCAAUUGUUUUUGGCACUCGGCUUGCUGGCCCCGGUCGCUCUUCACGUUAUAAUCCCGGUACGAUGCCCCCCGAGUCCACCUGGAAAACUAUAAAUGGGGUGGCGAUACCGCCGAGGCCAGAGGAACCUGAUAACUGCUGCAUGAGUGGCUGUGUUCAUUGUGUCUGGGAUGAUUAUCGUGAUGAGAUGGAAGAAUGGGCUGCGAGGGUCGAGCAGGCUAAGGCCAAAGGCGCUUCGAAAGGCUUGACGGGAGACAUGCGUCACACUCCAAGGGCCGAGGUCGAUUCUGCCAGCACCAGCAUGGACGAUGACGGGGGCGGCAGUGAGACAAAUUGGGCCGUAUCCAAUGAAACGGAUGAUCUAUUUGCUAGCAUCCCGGUUGGGAUUCGAGAAUUCAUGAAAACAGAGAAAAGAUUGAAGCAAAAACACCAAAACAAAGAAAGGGGGGCAUAAGCGGUAUCGUGCUAGGCUCUCUUGACCUUGUUUUGUUAUAUUUGCUUUUCUUCUUCUAAUAUUGAGCAUUACUGUUGUGUUGGUUGCUUCCGAUAUAUAUAGAGAGAGGGAGAAAGAAGGCGGAUAGAUCUAGGUGUACAUACAUAUGCAAUGGCGCCACGGGUAUGCUAGUAACCGAAUAGAAACAAUAUAUCCUAUUC